AACAUUGGUUGUUAGCAGAUUUAGAGUGAGAACGUCCUGAUCUGAUUAGUUGAAGGUGAAUAUUCCGGAGGGCUCAGGUGUCUUCUGGUACUUCAUUCUGGAGAGCAGAGUCAGUGAACGUGCAGGAAGCCGUUUUGCUGCCAGGUAACUGGUGAACCCUAAAAACAGGAAAGGAUGUCACAGAAAACCCAUGAAGACUCCACGAAUGUACAUCAAGGGAAAGCCGUAUGUGUUUGAUCGGGUGUUUCAGUCUAACACUAGUCAGGAGCAGGUUUACAACGCUUGUGCUCAGAAGAUUGUUAAAGAUGUGCUUGAGGGUUAUAACGGUACAAUAUUUGCUUAUGGGCAAACCUCCUCUGGAAAAACACACACCAUGGAGGGGAACCUGCAUGAUCCAGAUGGCAUGGGCAUUAUUCCGCGAAUCGUCCAGGAUAUAUUCAACUACAUUUACUCCAUGGAUGAAAACCUGGAAUUCCAUAUCAAGGUCUCCUAUUUUGAGAUUUACCUGGACAAGAUCAGGGAUUUGCUGGAUGUAUCAAAGACCAACCUGUCUGUACAUGAAGACAAGAACAGAGUUCCUUAUGUAAAGGGUUGUACUGAACGGUUUGUGUGUAGCCCGGAUGAAGUGAUGGACACCAUUGAUGAAGGCAAAUCCAACAGACAUGUGGCUGUCACAAACAUGAACGAGCACAGCUCCAGGAGUCACAGUAUCUUCCUGAUAAACGUCAAGCAAGAGAACACGCAGACAGAGCAGAAACUGAGCGGGAAACUCUUCCUGGUGGAUUUAGCAGGAAGCGAGAAGGUCAGUAAAACCGGAGCAGAGGGUGCUGUGUUGGAUGAAGCCAAAAACAUUAACAAAUCUCUCUCCGCUCUGGGCAACGUCAUCUCCGCUUUGGCUGAAGGAACGACGUACGUUCCCUACAGAGACAGUAAGAUGACAAGGAUCUUGCAGGAUUCUCUGGGUGGAAACUGCAGGACAACUAUAGUGAUCUGCUGCUCUCCAUCCUCCUUCAAUGAGGCCGAGACCAAAACUACGCUCAUGUUCGGACAGAGAGCAAAGACCAUCAAGAACACAGUGUCUGUGAACGUGGAGCUGACAGCCGAGCAGUGGAAGAAGAAAUAUGAGAAGGAGAAAGAGAAGAACAAGACACUAAAGAACACCAUCACCUGGCUGGAGAACGAGCUCAACCGCUGGAGGAACGGUGAGAACGUCCCCAUUGAAGAGCAGUACGAUAAGGAGAAGGCAAACGCUGAUGUUCUGGCCCUGGAUAAUGUGAUGAAUAAUGAUAAAUUCACCUCGUCUCCCAGCGUGCCCGGCCUUAAAUUCACUGACGCUGAGCGUGACAAGUGUGAGGCUGAAUUGGGCAAACUCUACAAACAGCUUGAUGACAAGGAUGAUGAGAUAAAUCAGCAGUCUCAGCUGGCUGAGAAACUCAAGCAGCAGAUGCUGGAUCAGGAAGAGCUGCUGGCCUCAACGCGAAGGGACCAUGACAACCUGCAGGCGGAGCUCACCCGUCUUCAGAUGGAGAACGAUGCGUCUAAAGAGGAGGUGAAGGAGGUGCUGCAGGCCCUGGAGGAGCUUGCAGUUAACUACGAUCAGAAGAGUCAGGAGGUGGAGGACAAGACCAAGGAGUUUGAAGCCCUGAAUGAAGAGCUCAACCAGAAAUCUAGUGUUCUUGCAUCUAUCGACUCUGAGCUGCAGAAACUGAAGGAAAUGACCAACCAUCAGAAGAAGAGAGUCACUGAGAUGAUGUCAUCACUGCUUAAAGACCUGGCAGAGAUUGGCAUCGCCGUUGGCAGCAAUGACAUUAAGCAUGAGGGUGGAGGUCUCAUUGAUGAAGAGUUCACAGUGGCUCGUCUGUACAUCAGUAAGAUGAAGUCAGAGGUGAAGACUCUGGUGAAGCGCAGCAAACAGCUGGAAGGCGCUCAAGCCGAGAGCAACAAGAAGAUGGAUGAGAACGAGAAAGAGCUUGCAGCCUGUCAGCUCCGUAUCUCUCAGUAUGAAGCAAAGAUCAAGUCCCUGACAGAGUAUCUGCAAAACAUCGAACAGAAGAAGAGACAGCUAGAGGAGAACGUCGACUCCCUCAAUGAGGAACUGGUCAAACUCAGCGCACAGGAGAAAGUUCAUGCCAUGGAGAAGGAGAACGAGAUACAAAGUGCUAAUGAAGUCAAGGUUGCAGUUGAGCAGCAGAUUCAGAACCACAGAGAAGCUCAUCAGAAACAGCUGAGCAGCCUGAGAGAUGAGCUGGAGACCAAGGAGAAACUCAUCACUGAACUGCAGGAUCAGAACCAGAAGAUCAUGUUGGAGCAAGAGCGCUUGAAGGUGGAGCACGAGAAACUCAAAACCACUGACCAGGAGAAGAGCCGCAAACUGCACGACCUCACGGUGAUGCAGGACAGAAGGGAACAGGCCAGACAGGAUCUCAAAGGCCUGGAGGAGACAGUGGCCAAAGAGCUGCAGACUCUUCAUAACCUGAGGAAACUCUUUGUUCAGGAUCUGGCCACACGGGUGAAGAAGAGCGCUGAGAUGGACUCAGAUGACACCGGAGGCAGUGCGGCGCAAAAACAGAAGAUCUCAUUCCUUGAGAACAACCUUGAGCAGCUCACUAAAGUGCACAAGCAGCUGGUGCGUGAUAACGCUGACCUGCGCUGUGAGCUGCCCAAGCUGGAGAAGCGCCUGCGGGCGACGGCGGAGCGCGUGAAGGCUCUGGAGUCUGCGCUCAAAGAGGCCAAAGAAAACGCAGCCCGUGACCGCAAACGCUACCAACAGGAGGUGGACCGCAUCAAAGAGGCUGUCAGAGCCAAGAACAUGGCCCGCAGAGGACACUCAGCACAGAUCGCCAAGCCAAUCAGACCCGGUCAGCCCCCUGUCGCCUCUCCCACCCACCCCAAUGUCAACCGCUCAGGGGCGGGGCUCUUCCAGAACAACCAAUCAGUGGGCAUCCGUGGUGGAGGUGUAGUCAAACAGUAAAAUAACUGUUGAAUGCUGAAUUUAACCCCAGUAGCCCCAGCUGAAGCUGAUAUCACCCCAAAAAGCUGAACAGGCAUUCCACAGCACGGGAGGGUUCAAUACUAUACAUAUGAAAAUGAAUAUAAGUAUAUAUAUGUGUAUGAAACAUGAAAUACUAUCCCCGUCUGGGCUGUACAGAUGUUCCUCCAUUCUGAUCUCUUAUAUCUUCCCUUUAAAAAUAUAAAGAAAACUUAAAAAAAAAAAAAAAAAGACAGGCUUUUUGCACCAGUGGACACGCGUGUAACUAGCGUGUAUAUCUUCACUCUUGCACAGUAGGUUUCUGCUCACAUCCUGCUCUCCACAUCCCCCACUGUGCCAAGUUGAAUGUAUUACAAAAGAUAAAAAGGCAGAAAUGAAUGAAAAAUGGAAAAAGGAACAAAAAAAAAAAAAACCUACUAGCUGCAUUUUUAGCCUUAUUUAUGUACGUUCACAUUUUGGGUUUGUUUAGAGAGUUAGCUUGUUCUCUCUUGCUUUGAGUAGUUUCUAUUGAACGUGUCACCUAAAUACACAAGUUAAACACUACAAUUGAACUGUAUAUAUAUGAACCAUUGAACUAGUUUUUGUAAUGAUGGACAUGUUCAGAAGAAAGAUUUAAAUUAUGUUGAAAGGGUCGUCUGAAAGUAGACAAACGAGAUGCAGUUCCAUGAAAUGAGAACGAAAAGGCUGCUUAAUGUUGACGCACCUGAGCUGCAGGUAUAUUUAAAGCACUGUACGAACACAUAACGAGUAAUCAUUGUUACAGCAUAAAGACCUGUGUGUAUGUCACAGUCUGAGGUCUUAGAUGAGUUGUAGCUAGGUUAAAAAUCAAUAAUACUAAUGUCAUGUGCUCAUUUCAAUAUUUAACUUCAGUUCUCACUGUUUAAGCUGGUAGAGUUUGCCGUGUCAAUGCUGCUCCGUAGCUCAAUCACUACAAAUCAUCAAUAAUCGUGUGUGGAUUUUUCCUCUUAGUUUCACCUACAAUAUUCCCAGGCAGGAUUGCUGUUAUAUGGUUUGGUAUGCAGGGAACCUAGCUUUUAAUUUUAGAGAUUGUUGACCCAACAGUGAACACUUACCUUAUGAUUUAAUCAUCCACAUGUCAUUCCAAACCUGUUAGACUUUCCUUUCAUCCUACACUAAAGGAUAUCAGAUUCUUUAUACUGCUAUUUUGAAAUUGAAAUGCAUAGACAUGGACAAUUUCGAGCUCCAGAAUGUCAAAAAAUACCAUUGAGAUAUUUUAUUCCACGUCUUCUGAAGUCAAACUGGAAAUUUAAGUCAUUAUUCACUUCAGAUCUUGCACUUUGUGGCUCUAAAAUCUCAUUUUCUUUGUCAAUUGAUUGAGACGUGAUAGCAUAUGUUGUCAUUUUUUAGGGUGCUCUGUUUUUGGAGCUUCUCUUCUCUACUUGUUUUCAUUUUACAGAAAAGCUAAAUUUAUUAGGGUUUGUAAAUGAUGACAAAAGUUUCAUUUUUGGGUGUAUUAAGGGAUUCUUGAAUGUGGAAAUGAUCACCCGCCCUUGUCCCCUUUAGAGACACCCUCUUAAUGGUCAACUUUGUAUAGUGUGAUUUUUGUCGGGUUUUUUUGGAGCGAGGUUUGUGCAAUGGUCAGACAGCCAUUGAAGUCACAGUAUACCUCCACUCCUGAGUUUUUACCUUUUGAUUUUAUUUUACUUGUAUUUUGGUACACUUUAGUCCAUGAUGGGGUCCAUAUUUUGAAGUUCUGCGAUUUGAAUCUGCAGUGGUUUGAGCAUUGCAAACAACCCAGGGAAACCCACACGUCAUUUAGUUCUGGCUCACACAACCAAAACGCGAUUGUGGAUUGUCUGCUGUGGUUUUGGUUGCCUUGUGAUUUUGCGUUUGCUUAUAUAGACCUGCUGAUUGGCUCUCUACAGUUCCAAUGCUUUUCAUUCAGCACAACGUUACUGCCUUUCAUUGACUAGUGUUAAUGGGUGGGGCCUAUUUAACGGUGGGUUGGGUUUAUUUAAUAAUUUUAGGUCACGUUUUCAUUUUGUUGCACUUGCAACUAGGUAAUGUUGUUUUAUUUAUUUCUGUUUUAUUAUAGACUAGGUAUUUUGCUGUUCAUUUUCUUUUGUUGAUCUUUUUUUAAGUCUACAAAUGUGUUUUUUUCUUAUGACAAGUACAUGUAGAUUCCAGUGUACUUGGUUUCCAUUGUCCUCUGUUUUCCCAUGUAUUUGGAUCCAGAUCCUACUAGGUGUCCUGUGCAAAUGACUGUAGUACUGUAGCAGGGGGAAUAUUGAAGAUGGUGUUUUACGACCUUUUGUGUGCAAUAUGAAUCUGGUGUAGUGCAAGUUUCACAGUACUGAAGAAAAGCAACAGCGAGGAAAUGAAAACCGCACUCAACAGUCCUCCCAUUUUAUUUCAUUGUUUAAUGCUCAUUUGUCUAACGGUUGUCUUGUUCGCCGAAUUUAAUCUUUUAAAAGCACUUUAAAAUGUUACCAUCUCAAUUGAAAAACGCACUUGUUGAAAACUGAAAAUUUGCAUCUCAAACAUCGAAUUCCUCACUGAAUUUUAUAAUUAUUGUUAUUGAGGAGCUUCUGCAGGAGGUCAUGUGUUUUGAAGACUGUCAUUGUUUUUUUGUAUUUUAUUUUGCCUUGAAUCUUCAUUUUUAACAGUUGCUGGGGAAAACACUCCGUUUAAACGGCUCUAAUGGAAAGAUGUAAUGGUGAUCAGAUAAUGUGUACAGUUGGUUCUUCAGAGUGUUUAGACUGAAUUGCUGUGUAUAUUUCCUUCAGUUGCUUACUGUAGGCAAGUUUUCACCCCUUGACAUGAAACGCAAAUAAAAUAUAGGGUAAAACACA